CACGCUCUACUCUACUGAUAGGGAAGUGAGGUAAUGGAGGCGGGCCGGGUCUUGAUAAGUGAAAGUUUACAGAAAGAUUUAGGGAAACUCCACAGGGCAGGCUAAUAUAUAAGUCUCCGUAACUCAUGGUACAGUACAGUACGAAAGAAAACAUCGUAAAAUCACGAGGACUAUGCGGUACUUCGCGCAACUGAUCGUCUGUUUUGUCACAUUAGUUGUGACUGAGGCUGUCAGACAUGAGAUCCUCUCGGUUGAAGGUGAAGAUGUUAUUUUACGCUGUGAGGCUUCAGCAAAGUCUGGUGUCCAAUAUCAUUCAGUGAUAUGGUACAAGGUUACUAAAGAGCCUUCCCGGCUGUUAACUGGUCUGGUUAUGAAGAGACUUUCUAAAAUCAAUAGCAGAGUUGAAAAAUAUAAAGGCGUUGUACGAGAGAUAGAGCUCCUGGAAAAUUCAACAAAUCUUUUUAUGCCAAACGUGACUACUGAAGAUGCUGGGAUAUAUAGCUGCUUUCUGUCUGCACCCCUCGGCCAUCAAAACCAGGAAGGCGAGGUCCAUUUAAAAGUCUAUGAAGAUGCUACAGUUGAACCACUAAAAUUCAAUAAUAAUGAUACAAUUUAUAUUGCGGCCCUUACUGUACUCGGACUGGCACUCCUUAUAAUGUUCAUAAGCUAUGUUUGCCUAAGGAAUAUACCUCAAAGCAACAAGAAGAUCCAAAAGCAGUUUAUGUUUACAAUACCCCAUCAAGGCAAGGAACUGAUCACAACUUUGCAGUCAAAAAGCUUGAUUUGUAAGACAUUACCUGAGGUGUUUGUGUGAUAGUAAACCAAAGUCCUCAAAAGAAAUGAAACAAAGCUCCAAGGAAACCAACAGCACCAAGGCUGAAGAGGGCCUUUGCUUGAUCAAGCCCUAGGACUCUAUGCUUGUAUACAAACCAACCUAUACAAUGAAGAAUGUUACAGUAGAUCGAUAUGUGGGUUCAGCAUGAAGACCGACUACUGAAAGCAAGAUGGCAAUUGACAUUUUUCAUCAUGGGUACAUUCAGGCUGUAAACACAGUGGAAGAGAAGCAGGUUGGACACUGAGAGGAUAAAGAUGUUUGGACACCAUGUUCAUGAAAAUGGCACAAACCC